UUUGCUUUUCUCUGUUGUAGCUUUUUUUUCAAUUUCUGCAGUUUCUGAUCUGGGUACUCUUUAUAUCUCGAUCUCUUCCGUUAAAAUUGUCUGUUCUCUAUGCUAAUGGGUGCCUGCCUUAUGUUCGAUUUUAUGCCGUAUGAAUUUUUUUUUUGAUAAACCAAGUUACGUACUGGUUGAUGAUUGAGUGACUGUUGCCUUUUGUUGUUUGGUACUGUAAUUUGGGAGAAUAUGUGUACACAUGCACUCCCAUAUAAAUAAUUCUAUUUGCCUGAAUAUAGAACUCAAAACCCAUACUUGAAGGGAAAAGAAAUCGGAUCCAGAUAGAAUAUGGAUAUUUACAUGAAGAUAGGAAGUUAAUUUAUUCUUUUGUAAGUAUAAAAGAUUUGAGUCAUGAAGAUUUGGAUUCAACAGAUGAGUUCUAGUUGUUAAAAAUGGUAAAUGAUGAAAGGGAUUCAAGGAUCCAACUUAAACGUACAAGGGAAGAAUUUGAGAGGAGAGAGGAUGAUGACAUUAUUAUGGUAGUGGUCAGUUUUAUAGUUGCUGCCAUUGGUGCUUGGUACUAUACAAAGCACAUGUUGAAGGAGAGUUCAAGAACACACGAAGAAGAGGAUGAAAGGACAUACCUUAGAAAGUCUUGGAUUCGAAAUCUUAUUUGCAAUGCAAAUAACUGUGUUGAACAACUAAGGAUGAAUCCUCAAGCGUUUAAGAGGUUAUGUGAUGUUCUAUGUACUAGAGGGGGAUUAGUAGCAUCAAGAAAUGUCACGAUUGAAGAAAUUGUCGCUAUGUUUUUGCAUAUUUUAGCUCAUAAUGUAAAAAAUAGGACAAGCAAGACAGAUUUUUAUCGUUCAAAUGAAACAAUUAGUCGGCAGUUCCACAAAGUACUUCAAGCAGUCAUGAAGAUAGGAAGCCUCUAUAUUAAACAAGAAUAUACAAAUCCUAAUGAGAGAGACAUAGAGAAGUGGAAAUGGUUUGAGGAUGCUAUCGGGGCACUUGAUGGGACUCAUAUCCAAUUAACUAUUCCUUUGGAAGAUCAAAGUAGAUAUCGAAAUAGAAAAGGAGAGAACAGUACAAAUGUACUUGGUGUUUGUGAUGCCAAUUUGAGAUUUUCAUAUGUGCUACCUGGUUGGGAGGGUUCAACAUCAGAUUCUCGUGUUUUGCGUGAUGCUUUGCGUCGGCCCAAUGGCUUAAAACUUCCCUCAAAUAAAUACUUUCUUGUGGAUGCUGGGUAUACAAAUGGGCCGGGGUUUUUGGCACCUUAUCGAGGGACUCGCUAUCAUAUAAAGUCUUGGAGAGAAAAUGGUCCAAGAAACUACAAGGAGUUAUUUAACCAACGUCAUUCCUCUGCUAGAAACACAAUUGAGAGAGCAUUCGGAUUGCUAAAAAAGCGAUGGGCUAUAUUACGGACAGCUAGCUUUUAUAGUGUUAAGACUCAAAUUAGGAUCAUUAAUGCAUGUUGUAUUCUUCACAACUUUUUACGUGAAGAGAUGAAUGAAGACGACUUGUUGAAUGACGUGGAUCGAGAAUUAGAAGAUGAUCCUGUUUUAGAAAUUGAGAAUGUAGAUGAUGAGCGUAUCACCACUGUGAGAGUUACAGAUGAAUGGAGCAACUUUAGAGAUAAUUUAGCUAUGCAAAUGUGGGAUGAAUACCGACUUUAAGAUAAUUUAGCUACAAGAUGGAAAUGAGGGUGACGAGUAUGAAGAAGAUGAUGAGUGGUUGUGAGAUUUUUAUAUAUGCAGUGUAG